GGAGCGGGCGCGGGGGGAAGAUGGAAGGAGCGUCCUUCGGAGCGGGCCGGGCGGGGGGGGCCAUCGACCCCGUGGAUUUCCUAAAACAGCCCCAGACCCUCCUCCGGGUGACCACCUGGAUCUUCUCCAUCGUGGUGUUCGGCUCCAUCAUCAACGAGUGCUACGUGAACAAGGACAGCCAGCACCCCGAGCUGCUCUGCAUCUUCAACGAGAAUGAGAGUGCCUGCAGCUACGGCAUCGCCGUGGGCGUCAUCGCCUUCUUCGGCUGCAUCUUCUUCUUCGUGGUGGAUCUCUACUUCCAGCAGAUCAGCAGCGUCAAGGAUCGCAAACGAGCCGUGCUGCUGGACCUGGGCUUCUCAGGUUUCCUGGCUUUCCUGUGGUUUGUAGCUUUUUGCUUCCUGGCAAACCAGUGGCAGAGGACGACGCUGACCAGGGGCUUCUCGCAGGGCGCGGACGCGGCGCGGGCGGCGAUCACCUUCUCCUUCUUCUCCAUCAUCAUCUGGGUGGUGCUGGCUCUGCGGGCUCUCCAGCGGUACCGCCUGGGCACGGACAUGUCCCUGUUCGCCACCGAGCAGUUCGGCACCGAUGCCAGCGCAUCCUACCCCGGCUACCCCGGCGGCAGCGGCGUGGAGAGCACGGAGACCUACCAGAGCCCCCCGUUCACCGAGACCUUAGAGCCCAACCCCAAAGGUUACCAAGUGCCAGCGUACUGAGGGGGUGCCACCCCCGCCCGGUCCCAAAUGUAUCCUCCAGUCAGUGCCGGGUCCCUUUAUUAGCUCGUUGUGCAGUGAAUUCUGUACAGUGGUAUUGGUUCUUGUCUUACCUGUCCCAGGGUUUCUAAAAGCAGUGUUCCCUCUAAGCCAGGAGGAAGGAAGGUUGGUGCCACAUCACCUACACGUGGGGAAGGAGGAGGAAAUUCCCUCUCUGAGCUCUGCUGGGAAAGCCCAGGACACCUUUUCCUCUUAGAAAGCAGCAGCUGAGGAAUUAUUCAUGAUCUCGUUCUUCCAGAGCUAACACAGAAUCCAUCGAGGGUGGGUGGGUGAGUGGCCCUGUCUGCUCCUGCUGUGGAGUUUCCAGUCCAGGUUCCAUGGAAAGUGCCAAAUUCACAGGGAAAUCAGUGGUGUCUGUGUUAUUUUGUUUUUUUUUUUCUUUGUAUAUAUUUGCUGUACAAAACAAAUAUCCAAACAGGUGUUUCAAAACUUGGUUUAGAGGCACAGGGUUGGGAUCAGUAUCCAGAUUGCUUCUACACUUCAGCAGGUUCUGGUUGAGGAUUUUAAAAAUUCCUGUUUGAAAUGGAAACCAGCAGGAGCUGGUUGCUAACUGGGAAUAGCCUGUGACCAGUGGGAACGUGGCUUUGUGGUUCUGUUCCUUCCUGGGGGAUUGGGAAGUUUGUAAAUUCCUAAGGAAUUUUUGGUUGGCAGCGCUGACACAUCCUCACCCUGGAGGGGUGAGGACCAAGGUGAGGGGCUCAGACUCGACAUGCAAGGCCAUUAAGGAGCAAUAUUGGACUUGUGUUUUUAUUCUGGGAGCAGCCACCAUCUGUCAGCUGCAGCAGAACCCCGGCUGGGGACACGUGUGUCACCCUGCAGCCUCCAGAAAUUCAGAAAUUCAGGCAGGGAGCUGGAAAGGCUUCACAAGCCAUUAGAGCCCAUCCCCAAAUGAUGUGGGAGGAGAAUCAGUGAAAAGCAUCCAGGAAAGAGGCUCAGGUUGGGGGUUCAGCUGCAAAGAACAAAAAUAAAAAGAACAGAAUGUGUCAAAUCCAAGCAGGUCCUUGCCAGCUUUCCCUGCCCGUGUGGCAGCUGAUCCAGGCUGUGUCACUGAGGGCACAGGAGCUGAAAAUUGAAUUCCCAGCCCUGUUGGUGGCAGCUCCAUCCCUGGACACUCCUGGUCCUGCCUUGCCCGUCGGUGCUGGCAAAGCCACCGCUGCCUUCCGACCUGCUGAGGAGCAAUAGCCACCCCCUGUCACUGUCCCCUCCCUGUCGCCUUCACCACAGCUCAUUCCUGCUGCCGAGGCGCACAUCAGCGCACUAAUUAACGAUAAAUGCACUAAUUAAGCAGCCAAUCAUCCCUAGAGGUCACUGCCAGUGGUAAAGUGCAUUCCUUGCCUUGGCUCCAGGUCCUGGCUGUGCCCAGCUCCUCACAGGACACCCCAGCCCGGUGCAGGAUCAGGAUCAGCCUCAGUGAAUCCCGGGAUCUUUGUGCUUUUGUGAAGUCAGUUUUGCUGGGAAAGAAAAAAAAAAAAACAAAACAAAACAAAAACCCCGAGGAUUUUGAAUACAGGUACGGUAGAACUGUAGCAAUAUUUUCCUUAGAGGGAACACUGAAACUUUAGCAGCACAAACAGUACUUGUGUUAAUAUUUUAGCAAAAUUAUAAUCAAUUUAAAUGUUUAAAUUGAUUGUACGUGAGAUAAUGUUCGUUGGGUACAGUGUAUUUUUUCUAACUAUAAUAUAACUGUUCCAGAGUUUCCGUGUAACCGUAAAGAGCUAAAGCUGUGUCUGCCCGCGGGCCAUGUCCUGCCCCGUGUGCCCCCCAUGCUGAAUAUUACAUAUAACACGCUCUGAAUGUCCCCCCC